AGCGACAUCAGCGGAGACGGAAGUAAUGUUGGUUUAACGUUAGUUGCUAGCUACUCGCCUAGCCUUAACAAUAGCUUGUGAAUAUUUUCUUACUGUAUCUAUAAUUUUCAUACAUAGUGGAAAAGUUCACUGUAUUAUUACGAGAACGUAUCUUACGAAAUAGUUACUUGGCUGUUUACGGCUCUGUGUGAAGUGAACGUAGCUUGGAAAUGCCAACGUUAGCGUUAGCCUUUAGCUAGGAGCGUAUUCGCUGGACAGUACCGCUUAACUGGGUGAGCGCAAGUGAAUGAAUAAACAGUAUUUACGUUGUGAGAAGUGUUGAUUAACAACAGCAUAAGUCAUGGGUACUGGUGCUGAUGUCAGGGAUAUUCUGGAGUUGACUGGAGGAGAGAAUGACGGCCCCAUCAGCAAGAAAGAUCUCAUCAACUCAGACAAGAAAAAAUCCAAGAAGACAACGGAAACGCUGACUUUCAAGAGACCCGAGGGAAUGCACCGAGAGGUCUAUGCUCUGCUCUAUUCAGAUAAAAAAGAUGCACCCCCUUUGCUGCCUAGUGAUACUACUCAGGGCUACAGGACAGUCAAAGCCAAGCUGGGCUGUAAAAAGGUGCGUCCCUGGAAGUGGAUGCCCUUUACCAAUCCAGCUCGCAGGGAUGGGGCUGUUUUCCACCACUGGAGACGCGUGGCAGAGGAGGGCAAGGAUUACCCGUUUGCCCGCUUCAACAAGACUGUGCAGGUGCCAGUGUACUCUGAGCAGGAAUAUCAGAUGCAUCUCCACGACGAUGGCUGGACUAAAGCAGAGACGGACCACCUGUUUGACUUGUCCAAGCGCUUUGACCUGCGCUUCGUAGUUGUUCACGACCGUUACGACCACCAGCAAUACAGAAAACGUUCUGUGGAGGACCUGAAAGAACGGUAUUAUAGUAUUUGUGGUAAGCUGACCAAGGUCCGUGCAGCUUCAGGGACGGAGCCCAAGAUCUACAUCUUUGAUGCCGGCCAUGAAAGGCGCCGUAAAGAGCAACUGGACAAGCUCUUUAAUCGCACACCUGAACAAGUGGCAGAAGAGGAAUAUCUUAUUCAGGAGCUAAGGAAGAUUGAAACUAGGAAGAGAGAGCGUGAGAAGAAGGCCCAGGAUCUGCAGAAACUCAUUAAAGCGGCUGACACAACCACAGAGUUAAGACGAGCGGAAAAGAGAGUUUCCAAGAAGAAGCUCCCACAAAAGAGAGAAACGGAGAAACCGGCCGUUCCAGAAACAGCAGGCAUCAAGUUCCCAGACUUCAAAUCAGCCGGCGUCACACUGCGCAGUCAGAGGAUGAAACUGCCGAGCUCGGUAGGCCAGAAGAAGAUCAAGGCCAUUGAGCAGAUUCUGCUGGAGCAAGGAGUGGAUCUUAACCCCAUGCCCACAGAGGAGAUCGUUCAGAUGUUCAACGAGCUGCGUAGCGACCUGGUGCUGCUGUAUGAGCUGAAGCAGGCCCACAGCAACUGUGAAUACGAACAACAGAUGCUGCGGCAUCGCUAUGAGGCCCUGCUGAAGGCCGGCAGUGGAGGCAUGUUGGGUGGACCUAUAGGAGGCGGGACAGCCGCUGCAACACAGGGUGGAGAACUCAAUGCCACGAACAGCACCACGGCAUCCACCCCAGUGUGCGAAGCGCCAUCCUGGCCCAGUGCAGACGACAUCAAGGUGGAAGCCAAGGAGCAAAUCAUUGACGUUGUAGGAGCACCACUUACCCCCAACUCACGCAAACGGAGAGAGUCGGCGUCCAGCUCGUCUUCAGUGAAAAAGGUGAAGAAGCCUUGAUGAGGACGAGAGCACCAGCUGUUACACGGUGGAGGACAUGGGGCCGCGUACAUUACUGUGGUCACAGUGAAGACACAAGUUUUAUGGUUGGACAAGUGGGACACGGGGGAGCAGGAAACUACAUCGCUGUUCAUUUACGUAGAAGCACCACUGACUACACACACACACACACACACAACUUUUCUCCAGCCCCCUCCCCGUCUGGCCUGCCCAGCAUCUUUGUGACAAAGGCAACAACUGAGUGACAUUUCAUUCCAUUACUGCUCGUCUCCCGGCCUCCACCAUCGCUCAGCCUUAGAUGAGGCAAGAUCAACUGUAAAUUGCCAGGCUGAGCUAAUCGAGGACAUGGGGAAGAAGGUGGGAAUGACUGGGUAAUUGAAAUGAAUUGGAAUGAAAGAAGAGGAGACUUUGGGAGUGGGAGGACCUCGAGCUGCAGAGCUCUUUUGACCCAUCUUGAGUUUAUUUUUUUUUGCAACCUAAUCAUGCCAUAGUGUUUACUGGAAAUGUGUUUUUGUGUUGGCCUUUAGUAGCUCCCCCUGACCCAGAGUGCUGAUAGACGCCGGUUCCAUCUGCUGCCCGUCGUUUGUGUUGGUCUAGUGAGGCUGAUUUGUGUUGUUUGUCCUCAGGUGACUUUGAAGAUGGUUCAGUCAAUGAUUCAAUAAACCUCAUUGUUUUUGUUUUUUUUCCUUCUGCGUCUUAUGCAUAUUUAUGCCACAGUGGUCCCUUUUCACAUUUCAAGCGUCUUGUCGCUGCUUCUCAGAUCAUAUUUUAACGUGGAGGUAAUUAGUGUUGAAUACACAUUUGCCGGGGAAAUUGUAGGAUCAUGACAUUCUUACCUUACCUGUCAUCUAAUUUAAGUGACACGUAAUAACUUCAUUAAUAUGAUAAUUAAGCAGUGAUCGUUCUUAGGUUGGCACAGCAACUGAAACUUCAUUAGGUUCCCUGCCCAUAUUAUUGCUAAUUGCAUGUCAAUUAUGUCGUUAAGCCUGCUUAGACAUUCAUUUCUAUGCAAAUUUAGCCAAGAAGAGGGGAGUAUCUCGGCCUACUGGGUGUAUUUAUAGAUGUAGACUCUUAAAAAAAUCAAAUAUUUCAGGUACUGCAACCUGCAUACAAACUUUACUUCAAAUUUCUCUCUGACAUUUUUUGUCUCUUUUUAUGGUCCGCAUCUCUAUAACCAAAAAACAUUCAGUGUUCACUGGUUUUAAGAUUACAAAUGAAGGUUUAAAGGGAUUAUCUUAUCUUAAAAUACAAGUGUAAUUAUGUUGAUUUGGAAAAAGACAUAAAAUAACAACUUUUUAAAAACCUUUGUUUCAUCUUGAUCCCUUCAGAUGCGUCUUUCUUAACUGUCACAGGUGAAAACGCCACAAUUAAAACCUCUUCAUUUCUAUCUUUAAUACGCUCUAAGGUUACAGGAGUAAACCCAUCCACACACUGGGGGCGGUUUGAUUGAGAGAGAGAGGAAAAGAGUGAGAGAAGGCAAGUAAACAUGGGUAAAAUGGAUUCUCCGUGUCUAUAUUUCAUGUUGAAAAUUGGCUCAUAAAUCCAGGGGUAUGAUCUAUGGAACCCGUCGUUGCUUGAAAAAACCUCCGUAAAUGUGUAAU